AACCAUCCUAUCUUCUCAACAUUCACUUUGCCUCUGAGCGCCCACACUCUCCGAAACCCUUUCAAAACCCUCCUCUGCUCUUUCUCCUAUUCUCACUCUCCUUUCGAUCUUUCUAUUCUCGUAAAGCAAUGGAGUUCUGGGGUGUUGAAGUUAAAGGUGGAGAGCCUCUAAAGGUCCAACCAGGUGAUGAUAAGAUUUUGCAUCUCUCGCAGGUGGCUCUUGGUGAGAUCAAGAAUGACAAAGGAAAUGCCCCUGUUCUUCUAUCUGUGAAGAUUGAGGGCCAGAAGAUUGUUUUGGGAACACUGUCAGCAGAGAAAUGCACUCAUAUGUCACUUGAUUUGGUAUUUGAGAAAGAGUUUGAACUUUCUCAUAAUUGGAAAAACGGAAGUGUCUAUUUCUCCGGAUACAAAUCUAUUAUUAAUGAUGAUGAGUUGAUGGAUGAUUUUACCAAUUCUGAAUCUGAUUUUGAUGAGGAAACUCCUCUCACCACAACACAGAAUGGGAAACCUGAGCGCAAGGACGAACAAGCAAAGGUAGCUGCAAACAAGUCAAAUGCUGCCAAACCUGACUCUGCAGCUAAGCCAAAGGUGAAGAUUGUGGAACCAAAUAAAGAUGACAAAUCCAAGGAAGAUGAAUCUGACGACAGUGAUGGAGAUGACGAUUUUGAAGAUGAUGAUGAUGAUUCUGAAGAUGAAUCUGAUGAUGAGGAAAUGCUUGAUGCUGGUGAUGAAAGUGAUGAAGAUGAUGAUGAAGAGGAAGGCUCUGAUGAGGAAGAUGAGGAGACACCAAAGAAGAAGGCAGAGCUGGUCAAGAAGAGAGGCGCAGAAUCAGCUUCCAAGACACCUACUCCUGGGAAGAAAGCAAAAUUAGUCACGCCACAAAAGACAGAUGGCAAGAAAAGUGGUGGUCAUACAGCAACUCCAUUCCCUAAACAGGGUGGCAAGACUCCUGCAAACAGUGCCGGGAAAAAGCAGCAACAGACUCCAACAUCCGAUGGGCAGGUUUCCUGCAAAUCCUGCAACAAGACAUUUAAGUCAGAAAUUGCUUUGCAAUCCCACACAAAGGCCAAACAUGCUGCUGCCAAGUGAAGUUGGGAGUGUUCUGUAUUUGGAUUGCUGCUUGAAAUUUUGGUAGAUUUUAGUUGGUUUUGAGAUGGCAUAGAGAGUCGAAAUAGUUAAAAGAGAGAGUCAUGGAUUUUGGAUUUUUAGAAGAUGAUAUAUAGUAAUAGGUUCUUGUUAUUGAGAAGAGGUGCUUGGUAAUGGGGAUAUAUUGUUCAAACUUCAAACUACUAUUGAUUUUCUUGUCUCUCCUGUAGACAGUAAGCAAUCAAUUUAAAUGCCUAUUAAUUCA